UAAGAAUAAGAAACUAUCAAUAAAUCAAGAAAAAUCAGCAAGAAUUUGUGGCUCCUACGAGCUCGCUCCAAUCCCGAUAGGAUCCCUUUUUGCCACUCGGAUCGCUUCUCCAGGCGCUGCCGUUCUGCGACGGAGUCCGCGACUUCGGCCACUCCUGCGAUCGGCCGCUGAAAGAUCGAGCAGUAUGAGUUUUGUUUGUCCAUUUGCUAAAGCAGCUGGUGCCGGUGCUAGCUAUCCAAUGAAACAUGAGGAGAAUCAUAGUAGACAGCAGGCAGAAUGUGAUGAUAAAGGAGAUACGAAGAGCAAUGAUUCUACUUCUGUUGGUGAUGGCUGUCCUAUGAAACAUGAGGGGAAUUACAAUAGACAUCAGGCAGAGUGUGAUGAUAAAGUCGAUACAAAGAGCAAUGAUUCUACUUCUGUUGGUGGUGGCUGUCCUAUGAAACAUGAGGGGAAUUACAAUAGACAUCAGGCAGAGUGUGAUGAUAAAGUCGAUACAAAGAGCAAUGAUUCUGCCGUAAUAUCUCCGAAAUGUCCCUUUGGAUAUGAUUCUCAUACAUUUAAGCUGGGUCCUCUAAGCUGCAUGAUUUGCCAGGCGUUGCUUUAUCAAAGUAGUAAAUGCUUGCCCUGCUCCCAUAAAUUUUGCAAAGCAUGCAUCUCUCGCUUUAAGGAUUGUCCAUUGUGUGGUGCUGACAUAGAGAAGAUUGAGCCUGACACAGAACUUCAGGUCACUGUUGAUCGCUUCAUUAAUGGCCAUGCUAGAAUCAAGAGAGUGAAUGCAGAUGGGCAAGAAGUAGAUGGAAAGAAAAAUGUGAUAUAUGGGGAUGUAUCUAUGGAGAGAGGGGCUUUUCUAGUGCAACAAGCUAUGAGGGCUUUCCAUGCACAGAAUAUAGAAAGCGCAAAAUCAAGGCUUUGUCUUUGUGCAGAGGAUAUCCGGGAACAAUUACAGGCAUCAGACAGCACAUCAGAUUUAUGUUCGCAACUUGGGGCUGUCCUAGGAAUGCUAGGGGACUGCUGUCGAGCACUGGGUGAUACUGGUUCAGCAGUCACUUAUUAUGAAGAGAGUGUUGAAUUCCUUUCAAAGCUGCCUGCGAAAGAUCUGGAGUUGGUUCACACUCUAUCAGUUUCACUAAAUAAAAUUGGAGAUCUUAGUUACUAUGAUGGAGACCUGGAAUCUGCAAAAAAUUAUUAUACACGAUCUUUGGAUGUUCGACGAAAUGCAAUCAAAGAGCAUUCUAAUGUAUCUUCCCAGGUUGUUGAUCUUGCAGUUUCUCUUGCCAAAGUUGCUGAUGUGGAUAGGAAUCUUGGCAAUGAGGAUGUUGCAAUUGAUGGAUUUCAUGAAGCCAUAAAUUGCCUAGAAUCUCUGAAGUUGGAUUCCAAUGAAGCUAGUUUAGAGCAACGGCGUCACUCGGUACUUGAUUUCUUGCACAACGAGCUUGCCAACAAACAGACUCCUGUCUCCAACUCUUCUUAGGAGGCAGCUAAAGACGCGUAAUGCAUCCUGUUCAACAUCUGGAUCUUCACAAUCAUGGUAGAUGAAUAGCACGGACACGAGAUAUAUGCAUAUUCUCUACUGUGUUCCCCACCUGGCAUGUAAUUUAACUGGCCCUCACGGUGAGGAUCUAACAUAGCCAUUUGUUCAUGGUUCUCUGCUACAUGGUCAUUUAGAACAAGCAUAUUCUUGUGGCUUGGUAGCUUUGUGUUGUGCAUCUAGUGAAGCUAUAUUAAGCGUAUGCCGUUAUCCUUUGCCUGAUAUUUCAUAUUAAAUGUACCAAAUACAUAAAAAGGCCAAUUAUGAUUUGGCAUUAGUGUUCAUAAUGUACUUGGUUGUAUUUUGAUGGUUCAGAAAAUAAUACUAGACCUUAACUAGGUUUGAAUCAAA